CUGAGUAAGGCACGCGACACUCAACCACUACCACCUUCAAAUCCUCCGUCAGACCAUAUCGCAUCCUCGCAGAGCUUUAUUCUCCCAAAUCCUCUCAGUACUUUGAUACGCGGCCCGAACGACAUCAUCCUCCUCCCACCAACUCUGUGUUAUGGGCGGAGACCACCUAUAGCAAGGGCGUCUCAGGCAUCCGCAACGCACCCUUCGACAUGGCGCUACUCGAUGCUACCGCAAUUGAGGUGGCGAGGUCGCUCACGAUCGAGUCGAUCCCGCCAAAGCUACGCUGCGGUGUCUGCAACAAGCUUGCAAUAGAUGCCGUAAAGCUGCCGUGCUGCGACACAUCACUGUGUUUGACCUGCUCCCGCGACUUGGGCGAGACGUGUCCGAUCUGCACCCAUUCUCCAAUAACACCCGAUGACUGCACGCCAGUGAAGAAUCUACGUACGACUAUCAACGCGUACAUCAAGACCGAGCAGAAGAAGCGGAGCAAGCUUGCUGGCGUGCCUUCUACACCAGCCGUGAAUGAAGCGGCAGUUCCCGCCCUGGCUCCGGCGGCGGACCUCAUUUCACAGGAAACUGCCGCUACCGAGGAUGCUGUCAAGGAGCAAACACCGCUUGUAGAGCCUACUAACAGCGCUCAGAGCGAUGAUGCUGUUGUGGAGGAGACCGGUGGUCAACUCGAAGCCACCAAUGGCAAUGACGCGCAAGACGAUAAUGACGAAGCAGAGGACUACGAGGACGAGGAUGACAUGGUGAAGAUUAUAACACACAAGGAGGAGACUGACAAUGCGGCACAACCACCCAAGUACGAGCACCAGAACAACGAGGCAGCCGCCACCGAAGAGCAGCAACAAGGAUACGACGGUGUGGACCAAGCUGGUGCGGAUCAACAUCAAGGAUACGGAGACUUCGCUCAGCAUAAUCAGCAAAACGGCUUCGGUAAUGGAGGGGCCAUGGACUUCAGCAAUAUGAGUGCGGGAUUCAACCCGAUGAUGGCGGGCAUGAAUAUGAGUGGAUUCGGCGGCAUGGGUAUGCCGAACAUGAUGGGUAAGUCUCCUUCCAAUUUUCUUCCACGCCGCUCUCGGCGUUCCGUAUCUCAUCGCGACGGGCUAAGGCGUCGACGGGUAGGCAUGCCGGGCAUGAUGGAUCCUUCGAUGAUGUUCGGUGCUGGUGGGUUCGGUGGUAUGGGCGACAUGAGCAUGAUGGGCAUGAACAUGGGUGGGCCGAUGGGCAUGGCCGGCUUUGGUGGAAUGAUGAAUGGUGGCGGAUUUGGUGGGCCUGGCAACUUCAACGGACCGCAUGGUUAUAAUAACCAAAACUUCGGACCUCACAUCAACCAACAGCAGUUUCGUAAUGAUCGUGGUUUCGGUGGCCGCCCAUACGGUCGCGGCUAUAACCGCGGCCGUGGCUACAACCAGUAUAAUCGCGGGCGCGGUGGGUAUGGGUACCAGAACUUCAAUCAACAGAACAACAACUUCGGUCGCAACCAAGGAUACGCGAACCAAGCGCCACAGCAAUAUGCCGAAGAAGAAUCGGCUGAGCCUCCAAGACCGUCUGGCCGCCGCCCUUCGCCCAGCUAUGCGCCGAUGAACGGCGCCGGACCAAGCGACAGACAGACAUCACGUGAUGCCCAAACUCACGACCCAGAGACCGUUGAUGACACUAACCCCGCAGAAUCUGCUAACAUCGCAGCUAUCAAUGACGACUCAAAGGAUGCCGUGGCAAGUAUUGAGGAGCAUGCCGCCGGCGAAAUUGUAGAUCAGGGAGAUGAUCCGGCAAACCAGGACGAAGUGGACUUGCAAAACAUCAAUCAAACUAGUGCUAUCAACGAAGACCAGGAAGGCCAAGCCACUGCGCAAGGUGCCGAUACGACUGCAUUCGAUGCCCAAGACGCCUUGGAUCAAGAGCCACAACCGUACAAUGAUGUGCAAGCACAUAAUCUUGCACCACGCGGCCGCGGUGGCUUCCGUGGCGGUAGAGGUAACUUCGUGUCAGGCCGCGGCGCCUAUGGCCCAAAUGGCAUGCAAAGUGAUGCCACCGACCUUACACCAACGCCAGCACCACCGAUCAACGCACCGUCUGGUCCCAAGGCAAUGCGCGAGGGCAAGCCUAAUACCGGGUGGUACAGCCGUAUCCAGCCGACUCCACCCGUCCAGCCUCGCGCACCACCACCAGCCACUCCGACACCGCGCCCGGACGACAGUCGGUCAGUGGUAACUGAUCGCGAAGGACGUGACCACGAUCGCGAUCACGAUGAUGGUGCGAGGUCGGACUCCCGUCAUCGCUCUCGGAAGCGUCAUCACCGUGACGAAGAGGAUGGCUACGAGAGUGAAGAAUCCCGUCGCUACCGCAAGGAGAAGGAGCGAAAACACCGCGAUAGGAAGGACAGGUCUAGCAAAUACGACGAAGAAGACGACGACCGUUCAAGUCGCAAGAACCGCUCACGCGAAGAAUCUCGAGAUGCGGAUCAUGAUCGUCGUGGGUCACGCUCGCACCGUGAGCGCAGCAAGGAGAGGCGCAAGCACCGUCGCCGUUCCCGCUCACCAGAUCGCGAGAGCAACGUCGACGGCGAGGAGAAGUCUAGGCGCAAAAGCAAGUCGGAUCGCAAAUACGACGAUGACUAUAGCCGUGGCAAAGACCGCAGCAAGCGCCAUCGUGACGACAAGUAUGAAGACGACGAUCGCUCGCACCGCCAUCGCCGCACUUCCCGCGACGAUGGCAAGGAGCGUGAUCGUGCCGGCGAGCGUGAGGUAGUGAAGCCAGCCAUCGAGCCAGAAUCUGACGAUGUCGGCUUCAGAAUUAAGGGCAGCAAGUCCGCCGCCAUCAACCCGGGUGGUAUGGGUCCACCACUGCGCCGUCCGUCGGACCGCCAUGAGCGCCGCUCCAGCAUGGCCGAGUCCGCACCUCAGACUCCAUCCACCCCGACUAGCACGAACGUCUACGACGAGGAGCGCAAGCGCCGUCAAGCCGAUCGCGUUGCGAAAGAGCAGCAGCGUCGUCAGUCUACUACUCUUGGCAAGCGAAUGUCGAGGGACGAAGAGGAGGUGGAGGGGCAGGCGCCUACGGAGCCGAAGACGGAUACGGGGAGGAAAAAGAGUAAGAAGGAGAGGCGUGUGAGCGUGCGGGACAUAGGAAUGGAGCAGGAGAUAGCAGGUGUGACUGCCAUGGAAACACAUGGAUCUUUGCGUGAACUGAUUGUUUAAGCUGAUGGAGGAGAAGAGGGAAAGGGCCCGAUGCUGGCUCGAGGAGCCUUUCCAAUGCAGUGCAGCCAUCGGGAGCUCACGCCGGCGGAGAGGAAG